AUGCCUAAGUUUAAAGUUCACAUUGUUGGUAAAGAUAAAGCCUUUGUAUGGGACGCUGAAGGUAUAGUGACUUUGAUUAACGAAGAAGGGAGUCAUCGAUCUCCUACAAAUUCACAAAUCGAAGUAUUUAACAAACAGAUAUUAGAGAACGAGGGAUUUCAAUUGCAAAAAUAUUUACAUUCCAAAGAGGAGAAAAAAAAAAUGAUAAAAUUAGCGAGGAAAGAAAAGCAUGAACACGAAAAUUCUGAAUCUAAGGAGAACGAACAGGGACAGAACGAUGAUACUAGAGAUUAUGCACAAGAUGCGCAACGUCGAUUACACGAGGAUAAUUUACGAUGCCUGAUAAACGAGCAAAGUUCAAAGGAAUUACCUAAGAGGAUAAAAACACAGACUAAAGGAUUCGUUCCGGCGAUAACCAUAAAAACAAAAUCUGACUCAUUCGCGUGGUAUGAUGAUAAUGCGCAUGGCUUUGAUUCUCUAGAAGCAGCCAGGAAAUCCAAUUUUUGGACCUGGCCUCAAACUGAAAAGGAAGAGCAUAGGUACAAAGUGUUUUGUGACCUAUGGAAGAAAGGAUAUUAUAUCACAAGCGGCGUCAAGUUUGGAGGAGAUUAUCUCUUGUAUUCGGAUGAUCCUCUAAGGCAACACAGUCAUUUCAUAGCUACUAUACUGGAUAUGAAUAGAGUGAUUUCACCCUUGGACAUCGUUACAUUUGGUCGACUAGGAACAGCAGUAAAAAAAUCUUAUAUGUUAUGUUCAUGGGAUCAGAAUCUUAACAAACCGACGUACGUUUGUGUUGAGUGGGCCGGAUUCUAG